CAUCAGUCUGAAUUUAGUAGACAGAAGUCACUGGGAAAAGCUUGACAGGCUUGUGCUUAGUUAAGGCUCCCUCCAGCUGCAGAGGGUGUUUUUGUUAGAAUCACACAUUGAGCAAAACUGCUUAGAAUAGAGCAAUGAUCUCAGUAGUGAAAUCUGAACUUUUAUGCUAGCAGGAGCUAACUGGGAAUGGGCUCGUUUGUUUGUUUGUUUGCUCCUUCGUUUUGUUUUUUUGGUUGUUUGUUUUUGUUUUUUUUUUUUAUUUUAUUGACCAAAGAUUUUAGGGAGGUCAUGUCUGAACUCCAGAUUCUCUUCGUGUAGGUAAGGCUGUCUUGGAAUCUUUCUGUACUUUAAACUAUCAAAAAAUUAUAUUAAAAAAAAAAACAAAACAAACAAACAAACAAAAAAAAAAACCAAAACAACGACAAAUCAGAAAAGAAACAAGCAGUAUCCAGCGCUGGAGCUUUCUGCGUUCAGGAUCUCAACACUAAAACUGGAGGUGGUGGAACAAUAGAAGUAUGCCCAUUUUGGCUUUUUCAUAAAUCUCAGAAGUUAACUAAUUUUUAUUCCUUCAAUUGUCAAAUGUGAUGUUAAAAUGAUGAAACCCUCUCUCCCUCUGGAGCAGUGCACAGCAGCCAUGACAUCUCCUCUGGUCCUCCAUGGAAGGUAUGUUGCAGCCUGCUGCUGAACUGUUAUGACAUGUCUCUAGCAAUCAGAAAGAAAAGCUGGGAAGAGCAUGUGACCCAGUGGAUGGGAUUGGCUUUGGAAUCUGUGGAGUACAAUACAGCAUGUCGUCAUGGACUUGUAGCUGAUAACUUGCAGACAAGUAUGGAAAAAGAUGAGGCUUUGAGCGUGGACCGGAAAGAAAAACGCGCUUCGUUUCCGGAGUGCUGUUAUAGCGGAGAGCUGAUUGGCUUCCCUGCAAAACAGCUGGGAAAUGUUUCAAAGGAGGUGGAUGAAAAUGAUAACCAUGAGGAUGAGGAGCAUUUUCUGGAGGCCAGCACAGAAACUCUAGUCCACGUGUCUGAUGAAGAUGAUGACUAUUCAGCACUCAAUCUGGAUAGUGUUAAUUACCACAUCACUGCUGUAGGAAGGGAACUAAAAGAUGAAGAAAUGAGUUUAAAUGGAGCAGGCUCCUUAACACAGAUGAUGCCAAUAAUAGAGGGUAACAAGGCAGAUGAAGCAUCUGGAAUAAUUGGAGAUAUAUGUAAGGAAACUGGCUCUGACACAGUUCCUAAAGAGGAGAUGGAAGAAGAUGAUGUUUGUGGCAGUAUUGUCCAAAGCCUGGAGCUUUGUAAUUAUGAAGGCUUAAAUAAAAUAGUAGAUGUAGAGAAAGAAAAUCAUUCUAAUUCUCCAAAUGUGAAAGAAAUUAUUAUGCCUGGGAAGCAGCUGCUUCAUACUGCUGUAAUUGCACAACAGCGCCGGAAAUCUGAUGCUUUUAAAGACGGGCUUGGAAAGUCUGAGUGUAAUGUAGUGGAGAGUGGGAUUUCUUCUGAAUCAUGCUCCAGCAGUGAUAGACAACUAUGUUCAGCAGUGGAAUCUGGCGACUGCCUUAUGCAAUCUUCUCCUUGCUCUCACAUCCCAGCAGUGGAAAAUGGUCUGGAUGAAAGUGGUUUCACAGAACCACAAGUGGCCCCUGAGAACAAAUGCCUUUCAAAUGUCAGUUCAGCUGAAGACAUUCAGUGUUUACAUGUAAGGAAUCAUUUGACCACACAAGAAUAUUCAGACAGUCAAGUGAAACUGCGUAAAAGAAAGGAAGUAACAGAAGAUCGGGAUCGAUCACGACUGGAUUCAAUGGUGCUGUUAAUCAUGAAACUGGACCAGCUUGACCAGGAUAUUGAAAAUGCUCUCAGUGCAGGCUCUUCCCCAUCCAGCACCCCAACAUACAAACGGAGGCAUAUACCCGAUGUUGAAUCCGGUUCUGAAAGUGGAGUGGAUGUUGCUUCAGUAAGUCAGUUACAAACAAACUUGUCUCCUAACAUCCAUGUUCCCGAUCUAGCAUCUCCCUGUUCUGUAGCCAGCUCUGGAGCUAAACCAAAGGCUGGGGCUAUGCCAGUUAUUUCAGAGAAGGAGAAGGCUGAAAUUGAGGCCAAGGAAGCUUGUGACUGGCUGCGGGCUGCCGGGUUCCCACAAUACGCUCAGCUUUAUGAAGAUCUCCUUUUUCCAAUUGACAUCGCUCUAGUCAAGCGAGAGCAUGACUUUCUGGACAGAGAUGCUAUUGAGGCCUUAUGCAGGCGCUUAAAUACUUUAAACAAAUGUGCAGUGAUGAAGCUAGAAAUUAGUCCCCACAGGAAAAGGAGUGAAGAUUCAGAUGAAGAUGAACCUUGUGCAAUAAGUGGCAAAUGGACUUUUCAGAGGGACAGCAAGAGGUGGUCGAGGCUUGAAGAGUUUGAUGUGUUCCCUCCAAAACCGGACUCUAAUACCCCCUCCCCAGAAGCUCCUCACCUUACUAACGCAGCAAGCAGCGAGAGUGUGCUAACAGACCUCAGCGAGCGCCAGGACGUGGCUUCUAUUCUGAGCAUCAGCAGCACCAGCAGCCACCAACCAACCCUGCAGAGCGAGGCAUCUACUACCAGGACAAACUCGGUUGUGAGUGUUUGUUCAUCGAGCAAUUUCGUAGCAAAUGAUGACUCAUUCAGCAGCCUUCCCUCGCCCAGGGAGUUGAAUAGCUUCAGCUUCAACGCAAAAGCCAAUGAGAAGAACGCCAAGUCCAAAACAAAGAGCCUGCUCAAGAGAAUGGAGAGCCUGAAAAUCAAGAGCUCUCACCAUGGCAAGAGCAAAGCUCCUUCAAAGCUUGGCCUUAUUAUUAGUGGGCCCAUCCUGCAGGAGGGCAUUGAUGAAGAUAAACUGAAACAACUUAACUGCGUGGAGAUUUCUGCCCUCAACGGCAAUCACAUCAGCCUCCCCAUGGUACGAAAGAGGAGCGUCUCCAAUUCCACCCAGACCAGCAGCAGCAGUAGUCAGUCUGAGACAAGCAGUGCUGUCAGCACACCCAGUCCCGUCACAAGAACACGCAGCCUCAGUGCGUACAAUAAAAGGGUGGGCAUGUACCUGGAAGGCUUCGACCCUUUCAACCAGUCAACAUUCAAUGACGUGAUGGAGCAGAACUUCAAGAACCGGGGAAGCUUUGCAGAAGACACCGUGUUUUUUAUCCCUGAAGACCAUAAGCCUGGCACUUUUCCCAAAGCACUCUCCAAUGGCAACUUCUCCCCAACAGAAAGCAACGCUUCUGUGAACUGGAGGACAGGGAGUUUCCACGGACAUGGCCAUCUCACUCUCCGGAGGGAAAACAGCAGCGACAGCUCCAAAGAGCUGGGCGUGGGGAAAAGGCGCAACUCCUCCAGCUCAGUGAGCAGCCGCCUGAGUAUUUAUGACAACGUGCCAGGCUCGAUCCUGUAUUCCAGUACGAGCGACCUGGCCGACCUCGAAAAUGAAGACAUAUUCCCAGAACUAGAUGACAUCCUUUACCAUGUCAAAGGGAUGCAGAGGAUAGUAAACCAGUGGUCAGAAAAGUUCUCGGACGAAGGGGACUCCGACUCAGCGCUCGACUCCAUCUCCCCAUGUCCUUCCUCUCCAAAGCAGAUCCACCUUGAUGUAGAUAACGAUCGAACAACACCGAGUGACCUUGACAGUACGGGGAAUUCGCUGAAUGAAACAGAGGAGCCCGCGGGGAUGCAGGACAGGAGGGACUCUGGGGUGGGCGCAUCGCUGACGCGGUCCAGCAGGCACAGGCUGAGGUGGCACAGCUUCCAGAGCUCCCACCGGCCCAGCCUCAGCUCAGCAUCGCUGCAGAUCAACUGCCAGUCCGUGGCACAGAUGAACCUGCUGCAGAAGUACUCUCUCCUAAAGCUGACUGCUCUCCUGGAGAAGUACACGCCUUCCAACAAGCACGGUUUCAGCUGGGCAGUACCAAAAUUUAUGAAAAGGAUAAAGGUGCCAGAUUAUAAAGACCGAAACGUGUUUGGAGUACCGCUGCAAGUCAAUGUCCAGCGCACAGGGCAGCCUCUCCCACAGAGCAUUCAGCAAGCCAUGAGGUACCUCCGCAACCACUGCCUGGAUCAGGUUGGACUGUUUAGGAAAUCUGGAGUCAAAUCAAGAAUUCAGGCUUUGCGUCAAAUGAAUGAGAAUUCAACAGACAGUGUCAACUACGAAGGCCAGUCUGCUUACGAUGUAGCAGACAUGUUAAAGCAAUUCUUCCGUGAUCUCCCUGAGCCUCUCAUGACCAACAAACUCUCUGAGACCUUCUUACAGAUAUACCAAUAUGUGCCAAAGGAUCAGCGUCUCCAGGCUAUCAAGGCUGCUAUUAUGCUUUUACCCGAUGAGAACAGGGAGGUCCUCCAGAUUCUUCUCUAUUUCCUGAGUGAUGUCACAGCUGCAGUGAAGGAAAACCAGAUGACACCAACAAACCUGGCCGUCUGCUUAGCACCUUCCCUCUUCCACUUAAACACUCUCAAAAGAGAGAAUUCUUCCCCAAGGGUGAUGCAAAGAAAACCAAGCCUGGGAAAACCUGAUCAGAAAGACCUGAAUGAAAAUCUGGCUGCAACCCAAGGGCUAGCUCAUAUGAUUGCUGAAUGCAAGAAGCUCUUUCAGAUACCCGAAGAAAUGAGCAGGGGCCGGAACUCGUACACGGAGCAGGACCUGCGUCCCCUCAGCCUGGAGGAGCUCCGGGGCGGCAGCAGCACCGCUGAGCCCUCCGACUACCACUGCUACCUCCAGGACUGCGUAGACGACCUGCUCAAAGAGAUGAAGGAGAAGUUUAAAGGCUGGGUCAGCUGCUCCACCUCAGAGCAAGCAGAGCUGGCCUACAAGAAGGUAUGUGAAGGUCCCCCACUCCGGUUAUGGAAAACUACCAUUGAAAUCCCAGCUAUGCCAGAGGAUGUUUUAAAUCGUUUACUUAAAGAGCAGCAUCUUUGGGAUGAAGAUCUUAUAGAUUCAAAAGUAAUCGAACCUUUGGACAGCCAGACAGAUAUAUACCAGUAUGUCCAGAACAGCAUGGCACCUCACCCAGCCAGGGACUUCGUAGUCUUAAGAACAUGGAGGACAAACUUCCCCAAAGGAGCUUGUGUGCUUCUAGCAACCUCGGUGGACCAUGACCGCGCUCCAGUGGCGGGUGUUAGAGUCAAUGUACUUCUGUCUAGGUAUCUGAUUGAGCCCUGCGGGUCAGGAAAAUCGAAACUUACCUACAUGUGCAGAAUUGAUUUAAGGGGCCACAUGCCAGACUGGUACACCAAGUCUUUUGGACAUUUGUGUGCAUCUGAAGUCGCUAAGAUACGAGACUCUUUCAGUCAUCAGAGUCUUGAGAGCAAGGAAGUAAAAUCCAGGUGACUACUGAAGAGAAACAACCACGCGCUUCCACUCCUCAGCAACGUAGACAUUACCCAAAACUGAGGCUUGUCCGCUGCAGACCGGACUAGUGUACCAUCUGCAAGUCAUGUCAUGAAGGCAUGACAGUAUGAGAACUUGAACUGUGAGCAUUACUAUAGGACUGUGGCCAUACCAUACACUUUAAAGCUGCUUCCUGUCUGUGUAAGGUCUAUAGUGUAGGCCUCGACUGGAAUACAUAGGAUGACUGUGCAAAAACAAACAAAAAAAAAAAAGUAUUGCUAUUAGAUGGUCUGAAUUGCUUCUGAGAAGCAAAAUUCUUUAAAUGCAAAAUAUAUUAUGAAAUAUGGUGAAAGCUCAUCAUUCCCAUGUGAAAUACUUAGCUUUAUGUACAUACCCAUGUCAUUUUAUUUGUAGUGCGUUGAGGGACUGGUGUAUCCACUGGAAUAGUUGGUACUCUUCAAUGUGUUCUCACUGAGAUAAGCAGAGAAAGGUUUGCACAGAGAUUAAAGUGUGAAUGAGUGUGUUAAUGGUUGAAAGGAUAGCAGAAGUCGAACUUGAAAUGUGUCUGGUACACUGAUAGGCAACCAGAAUGGAUUUUAGUAUGCUGGAUACAGUUCAACCUAGAAUGGGACUCCCCUGUGGACCAGGAGUAGCCAUGUGCCAGUUCUGCAUUUUCCUCAGCUCUAACCUUGUUAAAAACCCUAAGCAGAUGUUACAAGAGGCUUGCUCCACUUACUGUCCACUCCUUAUGCAUAUGAUCUUUUAGGAGUGAUUAGCAAUUCUAUAGUAAUUUUAAGUAAACACACUUUUGAGCAACAUAGCAGCUUAGAAAUGAAAUGUCUAUGCAGCGGUGAAGAGAACCAGUAAUGUCAACUGUUAAUUUGCCAAAAAAAAGUGUUUGUUGCUUUUACUCCUACCUGUGUUAACUAGAAGUGUUUUAAUGAGCUUUUAUAUAUUUUACUGUAUUCUAAUGGCUCAAGAGGAAGAAAUCAACACUGGAGUUGCAGUGCCGGGAGGUGGCAGGACUCCUGCAGCAGCAGGUGGGGUGAGGUGGCUAGGAGGACUCACACGAGCUCUCUCCCUUUUCUCUCCCUCUUUUGCCUGUUAUCCUGAGCGCUGCACGUUAACACGAACAGAACCUGGAUGUGAGCAAUUUGGAGGGUUAUAUUUGGGGGCAGAGAGGAAGGUGGGGUUUUAUUGGGUAUAAAACCUUUGAGAUAUUCCCCCCUCCUUCAGAAUCAACUUGUAUGAACUGUAGGAAGUCUUGAGGUCCUCUGGAAAGGUGUCUUUCUGUAGGUUUUACUGUAAAGGUAAAGAUUUGCUUUCAAGGUGCAGUAUUAAGUGAUAAAUGUAUUUUGUGGCUAGGGUAUGAAUGAGUUGCAAGAUGGAAUUUUGACUGAGACUUUGUUACCAUUGUCAGUAUUAUUUUAAGCUUUUUGAUGAAGAUUUUUUUAUUAUGGCAAAUAAUGUAGUACUUCCAGUAACAAUGUUCCUCAUGAGUAGGAAAACCUUGUAUAUUCUUCUACAUCACUUUUGAAUUUGUAAAAUUGUAUGUUGUACAUACCAUUCUAUUGUAAACAUGUAUACUUGCCCACAGUGUACUGUCAAACAUAGAUAAAGCAUGAUAAAGAUUAUUUAAAAUAUACCUGUAUUUAUACCUCAGAUAUUCUUUUUGGGUUUUUGUACCUCAAGUAUGUUUUCUAUUGUAAAUGUGCUUUACAUGACUAUGAUCUACAUGAGAGAAAGGAAGAUGUUUAACUUGAUAUAGAUGUCUGUACAGAAUAUACUCAAUAAGUGCACUAUUAAAUGUUUAAAAUUGGA